GCUACUACAACAACUAGCUCUACUACUCCACCAACUACUACUUCCACGACUACAGUGGCGCCCAACAGUACGACACCGGUAACAACAAGUUCUAGUACUACGACCACAAGCACCACGCAGAAACCACAUUCCAACAGAAGAAAACGCCAAGUGCCGUUGGCCCUCGGCGGAGGGGACAUCCUGGCCAGUGUAAAUCCACUGUUGCUCAACAUGACCGAUAUGCGAAGUAUCAUCAUCGACGGCGAGCGGAUACCGGAUCAUCUUCUGCAGCAGGACGAUUCGGAUGACCACGGCCACGUACACGACGGAUCAUCGGUGGUAAGUCGCAUCGUUAAAAAGGCCGAUCCCAGCUUCAACAUCGAAGACUCCCGGCAGCCGUUCGUUUGCGGUAACAGCUCGAUGAUCCCACCGGAUCCGAAGAAAACCUACGGGCAUUUCGUGCGGAAGGUCACCGUGCAGAAUCCGAUCAGUAAAAUGAACGUUUCCGGACCGCAGUGGGUUCAGCAGGGUGCACCGGCCAACCUAACGUUCCAGUGCUCGGGCACACCACCGUUCAGCUUCUGCUACAAUGUAAUUUACGGGCAAUACAACAUCACACAGAACGAGACUUGCCGAAACAGUUGGCAGAUAAGCGAAGAUAGCUGCAAGUUCCGGUACACCUCGUGGGUCUUCCAUAAGGAGCAGCAGUCGCUGAUUAUCUUCAUGAAGAAUAGGAUCUCCGAACAGAUCGUUCAGGUCGGGCUACAGAUCUACGAAAAUCAACCGAAAUCGCAGCUGUCGGUCAUCGUGGUCCCGAUCGGGUUCUGCCUGCUGGCGGUGAUCCUGGUGGUGUUCGGAGUGGCCUACUACAUCCAGAACCGGGAACGGUUCAUCGUGGAGGUGGCCGAUUUCAACUUUGGCGACACCAGCUCCCUGGACGACGACAUGGAGUACAAAACGUUCCGGCAGCGGCUGGUGGACAGCUUGCGUAACACGAUCCAGUUGCCUCGGUUCCGGCUGGGGUCCAGCGGGGCCAGCCACGAUGGCGAUGACAUGUCGCCGUCGGCCGUUGGCGAGAGUUCCCUGCGGUACGGCGCCAUGACCUAGGUACCGUGUUCCCGGAUGGGUUUGUAUUGUAUUAUUUUACUUUGAGGAAUUCGUGUGUACGGAGUUGAGUUGAGAGCUUUUGUUUAGUAGAUGCUCAACGCAAGGCGCGACGGAGCCUGUUUCGUGUUUGAAGUGUGGAGAGUUUUCUUGUAGUAACGGGACACCGAUAAUGUUUGGAACAUGCAGAACAAUCAGUGAGUCAUUUAUAGUGAAGUGCGUAUCACAGAUUUGCGAUCAGUCUAUUCAUCGAAGAUUAUGCAGGAAAUCAGUAUAGACAUCAAUGUACCAAAAAUCUACUUAAGAAAGUAUUUAAAAUUAAAAAAAAACAUGAGGAGGCCAGUAUUACAAUUUUUCAGAAGCAUCUAGAUCAGUCAAUUUUCAAACCUUAUUUUUCGAAAUAACAGCGUAAGAAGUGCAACAAAAUUGUACUAAUUCGUAUCAGUUUCCACGGGUAGGAAGAUCAUAAGUGCUUACGCAUAACUAUUAUAGAUCAAUUAUUUGCAAAUAUACUCGUCUUAAUUUUUCAAAUUUACCUCCAAGACAAGAAGAAUUAAAAAAAAAGCUAUUGAAUUCUGUUUGAUCUUGUACUUCUCCUUUCCCGCCAAGCUUCACUCAAAGACGUACUAGUGUGACUCAUACGGUGGAAUAACUCUAGUACUGAAUUUGGUACCCAAGUUUGACAUUUUCCAGGAAUACAUCUAGAGAUGCCACGAGGAAGACCUUCAGGUAUUCCUCUAGGAUUUCCUCAAAAAAAGCUCCCGUGAUUCUUCUAGUUGUGGAGUACCUACGGUGAUUCAGUCAAGAAUGUUCGCAGAGAUUGCUUCCAAAAUUUAUU